AUGUUUUACAGCCACGAGAUCUUGACGAGCCAGAAGCAUGGCGUUGCUACAGUCUGGGUUCUUGCUACGCUGGAUAGGAGCUGUGCCAGCCGCAAAGUAUCUCGAAAGGCAAUACAGGAAGUAAAUGUCCCAAAGGCGUGCGUCACCAUCGACGAGCCGCCAGGAGCACCCAUCGCCCUGAGGCUCCAGGCAAGCCUACUGUAUGGCGUAUCUAGAGUUUAUCAGCAGCAAUGCCACUACGUUCUGGGAGAUGCCGAAAAAUUCCGCAUCAGCAUGCGAGGUCUGAUGCGCGUAUUGGACUCUGGCACCUUGGAUCCAAAUGCUGGGAGGGCGAAAAAAAAGCAGUUGAUGAUCCAAGACGACCCUGAGUUUCACAUCAGUAACUUUUUUGACCUGCCUCCGCUUGACCUUGAUGAGCUAGGUAACUUGAGACCAACUGCUUUCGAAUCUCAGUUCACCGGCAAGUAUUCUCAACUUUCACCGUUUUCUUCGCAGCAACGAUCAUCGUCUGGACGCAACUCAUUGGCCAUGGAUUUUGGUGCGGCUUCCUUCUUUGGAAGCCAGUUUGGCCCUGACCCGUUUGGAGGAGACAGUUCUGCCCAGAAACCUCAUCCGGGGGCAGACAUGUUUGCUCAGGAUGAGCUACCUCUGCGCCUGGAAGAUUUUGACGCUGGAUUCACCAUUGAUGCCGACGGGAACAUCCACGAACAUCCAGAGCCGGAGCAACCUCAGGCAGCUGUUCCUAUCGCCGCCCAUCAUAUGCUAGAUCACCCAGGUCCGCAGCACCAUUCGGAUGAUUUCAUUCCUCUUAUGCUUGGAGAUGAAGCCAUCCUUAACCCUGGCGAUGCGCCACUGCCAGACGCAGAUGCCCUCCCAGUCAGACAGCAUGAGCAGGACCCUGAUUAUGCGCAGCCAGAAGACGAUGCUGUUGUCACUGCCGCUUCGAGGAGAAAGGGACGCCGUCGGAAGGCCCUUGCGCCAGAUACAGCCACCGAGGUCAGCAGAACCGAAUUCCGCGACUGGACCGAGAAUUAUGUACAGAGAAUGGAGGAAGAGAACAAGCGUCACAGAGCGCGUCGGGAUCAUGUGACAAAGGACCAGGCAGCCCAGAACGCCUAUAACAUCAUGUUUGGUCGUGGCAUAGGUGGGGUUGGUCAGGACAUGGGCCUUCCAGGCUUCCAACAUGAGCUAGCUGAGCACUUUGCCGGCCACGGCCUUCAGAUGGCAGUUUUUGGCCGUAUCGUCGGAGACGACCCGCAUGGUCGACGCAGGUCGGCUUCGCAAGCUUUCGGCGACGAAGAAGAUUCUGGAUCCGAAGAAGGCCGGCGUGUCCGCCCUCGAUCUGACGAUGGAUAUGAAGCCCGUCAAAGACUCUCACAGGAGAGACAGCUCGAAGACGAUGGCAAUGGACUCAAUUUUGGCGACUUUGAUCCUCUACCCGAGGUCGGCCGCGAGAUAGGCCACCCACUAUCAGACCAGCAUCCACCCUGGCACCGCCACUCCAUACUACACGGAUCAUCAAUGAAAGGCAGUAGCGCCAAACCUGCUGCUGGUCAAGGCCCUCGCCAAGUUCAAGAAAGCCCGCUCCAACAUCGAGGCAGGGCUGUCCAAGAGUUUGUGCGAUUUAGCGACAACGAUGGCCUCGGAUUCGAUGGCAGCGCUGGCAUGGGCUCUGUCGAUGACCACCCUCCUGAUCAACCUGACUUUCACUUCCAGGAGGACCCCGCAAAUCACAACAGCUCUUCUAUCAGCACCGAGGGCCGCGACUUCCUUUCCUACGUUCAAGCACAUGCGCGUGAGACAGGCACCCCGCGUAGCAAGGGAGACGAGCUUUGGGUUGACUUUGCCGGCAUAUUCCCUCCAAGCUCGACUGCUCGAUUUAAUGCGGCAUCAGCAUUCUACCAGCUGCUGUGCCUGUCAACCAACCGCACUAUCAAGGUCGACCAAGAGGGCAGAGACCGUAACAACAUCUUUCCUUUUGGGAAAAUCGAGGUCGGUGUGUGUAUUGACGCUUUACAAUCCGAACAAGGCGAGGAGAGUGAUUAUGAUCUCCCCAGUAUUGGUGAUAGGGCAUAUCAUAAUGACGGCAAUGACGACAACGAGAUGGGUACCGAGGCUGAUGCCCUGCAAACGCACUAAGAUAUCGGCAGUACUCCGAUCACGCACUUCUCCUGGCUAAUUUGUUCAAUUCUUCUUUUAUAAGAAUCCCCUUUCUUUUAU